AUGCCAUCUCGAGAGGCCUAUGAUGUACAAAAGAAAGACAAGCCUCUGGUGCAAAAGGCCAAGAGAGAGGCCAAUCAGGAGGACAUUCUGGCGGCGGCUCUUGGAAUGAGGAUGGGGCCACAGAAACCUUCAGCCACUUUUUGGCAACCACUUAAACUGUUAGCCUACUCACAGCUCACCUCACUGGUUCGCAGAGCCUCGCUGAAGGAGGUUGUCCAGUUGCCCAGGUCUGAAAAAGUCCACAACUUUAAGGUCCACACCUUCCGGGGGCCUCACUGGUGCGAACACUGUGCCAGAUUUAUGUGGGGGCUGAUGGCUCAGGGGGUCAAAUGUGCAGACUGUGGUAUGAAUGUUCACAAAGAGUGCUCGGCUCAGGUGCCCAACGACUGCAAGCCUGACCUGAGACACGUCCGUAAGGUUUACAGCUGCGACCUCACGACCCUGGUGAAGGCCUACAACACAGCCCGACCCAUGGUGGUGGACAUGUGCAUACGGGAAAUCGAGUCCAGAGGACUGAAGUCAGAGGGCCUCUACAGAAUAUCCGGAUUCAGCGAUUCGGUGGAAGAAGUCAAGUCGGGAUUUGAUAAAGAUGGCGAGAAGACAGACAUCUCAGUGAACGCCUAUGAAGACAUCAAUAUCAUCACGAGCGCACUGAAGCUGUACCUCAGGGAUUUGCCAGUUCCUGUAAUCUCCUACGAUUCUUACCCCAGGUUCAUCGAGGCCACAAAGCUAACAGAUCCUGAGAAGAAGCUGGAAGCUUUCCGGGAGGCUCUCGCUCUGCUGCCGCCAUCACACAAGGAAACUCUCAAGUACCUCAUGGCCCAUUUAAAAAGGGUAACACAGAACGAGAAAUUCAAUCUGAUGAGUGCGGAGAACCUCGGCAUUGUAUUUGGGCCCACCCUCAUGCGUGCGCCCAACCAGGACGCCAUGACAGCACUGAACGACAUCCGCUACCAGAGGCAGGUGGUGGAGGUGCUCAUCAAAAACGAAGAUGUGCUCUUUUAAGCUCUGAUCAACACUGUUUUUCUGUUUUCCAGCUGUUCCCUUAUGUGAAUACUUUUUUGCAUUAUAAUGAUGGAUACUUUUUUUAAUGCCUUCCAUAUGGACUAACAUCUGUUCUCGGUGCACAUGAUGCACCUUACACUUAUUUACUGACUCCCCAUUUUUGUCGGGGGGUUUUUAGAAGCUGAUUGGCCUGCAUGCAUGGUGCAAGGCCUCUUUUGAUUUGUUGUUGUACCUUAGCUCGUGUUAAGAUUGUGAUUUUGCAUUAGUCUGUCCUGUAGGUAGUAGUUGUCAUCCAUAUUCCUUUCUGCUGGUUCUGCAGUUACUUCUGUGAAACUUUGUACAUCAAGAUGGAAAUAAGCUACUAAAUUUUCUUAGGUGAUUUUUAUGACGCUGUAUUUUUUUACCUCUUUGAUCAUUUGUAAGUGACCCACAGUUUUUGGUUGAAUCGACUUUCUGUAUGUAAACGCUGGUGCAUUUGCCUGAUGGUAACAUUUUUAUUGCGCUAUAAAACGGCAUUAUUUGUGAAAUUAAUUUUGUACUGUAUUGUUUUUUUCUAUACAACCUGUGCAUGAUCACUUUAAUUUAUUAAACCCUACUUUGACAAACUCUUUA